CGGGCGACAUGUCGCCAACUAGAAGCCAGAGUGCCAUAGAUGGUCCUCUCGGACCGCUCAGGUUGCGGAGGCCUGAGAGGCCGUCCUCCAGGGGGCACCCUCCUGGAACACGAAAAAUGAAAAGACAGACAAGACACACCUGAAAAACCAACUCGCCUCGGCCGCAGAACGCGUUCUGCCUCUCUUUUCAGCUCGGUGUGAGGGCCUGCACCCGGCGCGAGCCACGCAGACGCCUCAAGAACGAAACUGCUCUCUGGAACUGCAGCUUUUGAGCUGGGUUUUCCCCUGCGAGCGCGAGUCUCGCCGCUCCGCAAACCCCAGUCGGCACCGAGAACGCCUUUGGAGCCGAAACUCGCGGCACACCAGCGAACAAAGAACGUUUGCUGCUGUGUGUGGCGGUUGGUCAAACUCAGGCGGCCGCUCCGCCAGGUAUUGUCGAGGUGUCGAUACACCCCAGGCGACGCUGCGCCGAGGCGGACGAGUGAGCUCUCCAGCCCGCAAAGAAGCGCGAAGACUUUUCAGAGUUUGCGAGACUUUUCUUGCCCUGCACGCUGCAUGCGCGAACUGCCAACCGUUUCGUCCAAAGAAUGCGCCACGAACGGAGAACCAAAGGAAGGCAGACGUCGAAAAUCGAACCGCAGCUUACGCGACGGUUUCGUCUAUUGGGAUUCCAGAAGGGAACCGUGAGACUCCGCGUUUCGAACGGGAAAACGGCGCGGACCCCUCGCGCGCCUCUUGCUUCCAGAGCCCCAAAUCUUCGAGAGAAGUCCCGCUGAAUUGCCUUACCUCGUGAUCAGUUCUGUUCCUUUGCCUUUUCCAAGGUCGCUCUUUCAAUCUGUAGCCCACUUGCCACGGCCGUCGGGCUGCGGGUGGCCGAACGCAACUUGCCGGGAGGGCGUCGGCCCGUUUCGCCUCGGUCGACCGCAAGACUCUCUAGCUCGAGCAGUUGUUGACUGUUUUCCAUGUGGACUCGUGAGUCCAGAAACGACGCUCGCCGCCGGAAUUUUGUCCUCGUUUCCCGCGCUCUCCAACGACAGUCCCCCGUUCUGUCAACCCAAGAAGGACUGGGCCAGACACCACGCACUGCCUUGGCACGCGGCGCGCGCACCUCUGAGUCACUCUCCCUCGCGUGUAGCCCGCGCCUCGCUCUGAGAAAAGGCAUUUCGAUCUCUUUCGUCGCGGAAAGGCCUUCCGAUCGGCAGGUUACCUCGUGGACUGUCUUGCCUUUCUUCCCUCCCAGUCUUAGUCUUCUUCAAAGCAGCUCUCGCACACUGCUGCUCUGCGCCUGCUCUCCUCGUCGCCCCGACUGCUGUGUAGAGGCUUGUUGGAGUACUGGCGUUCUUCUUUGAUGCCGACUAUUAAAAGACUUUGUGGACACCGGGCAGAACAGGGCCAAUGAAAUCCGCUUCUUCGUGACUGUUUCUCCCUUGUUUAGCUGGCUCUCUCCACGCGUUCGAAGGCGCGUCUCCUCCCAACUUCCUACCAUGAUGACGUCUCCGUCCACGGCUUCUCCCCCGCCCACGCGAGACUCUAUGGCAGACAGCCCUGCAUCUUCGGAGUCUCCUGCGGGACCGCAGAAGAGGGCAUCUCUGCAGGAAGGCAGUUCCCUUGCAGAGGCGGCGGGAGCUGCAAAGAAACGCACGCCUGCGCCUUCCCCCUCCGCCGCCGCAGUCUCUGCACCGCAGACGAAACAGCUGCGCCGCACCUGCCCGUACCUGGGCACAAUCAAGCGACACCUUCUCGACUUUGACUUCGAGAAAGUCUGCUGCAUCUGUCUCUCCAACCAACAUGUCUACGCCUGCCUCGUCUGUGCGCGCUACUUCCAAGGACGAGGCAAGAACACGUACGCCUACAUGCAUGCGCUCCAGGAGCAGCACUACGUGUACCUGAAUCUGAAGGACUGCCGGGUGUACUGUCUUCCGGAGAACUACGAAGUGAAGGAUGCGUCUCUGGACGACAUCAUCUACAAUCUCCACCCGACCUACACCAAGGAGGAUGUUGCGCAGUUGUCGACUCGGAUCAUCUACGGAAAGGCGCUUGAUGGUGCAGACUACAUCCCAGGAUGUGUGGGCCUGAACAAUUUGAAGCGCACGGACUUUUGUAACGCCAUGAUUCAAUCUCUCUGCACCGUCGUCCCGCUGCGGAACUGGCUUCUGCUUCUCGAUCUGUCGCACGUCCAAAACUACGACCCCGUGCUGCAGACGCUUGGCGAACUGAUGAGGAAGAUUUUCAACGCGCGCAACUUCAAAGGAAUCGUCUCGCCACACGAGUUCCUCCAGGCCGUCGGCGUUGCCAGCAAGAAGAAGUUUCGGAUCGGAGAGCAAGCAGACCCUCUGCAGUUUUUCUGUUGGUUGAUGACGCGUGUCCAUCAGUCUGCAAAGCACAAGAAACUCAACUCGAAUGUCGUGAACGACUGUUUCCAAGGAGAAGUGGAAGUCCGCACCACAACUGCAGAGGGAGAAGCAACUGGACAGCCGCCGUCCGUCUCGCGGGUGCCCUUCCUAUUCCUCACGCUAGAUCUGCCGCAAGCUCCCAUCUUCAAGGAUUCGCUGGACAGGAAUAUGAUUCCGCACAUUCCGAUUUUCGAUCUGCUUCAAAAGUUCAACGGAGAGCAAAUUCAGGAGGCAACUCCCGGGACGCUCAAGCGAUACAGUUUGUGGCGGCUGCCAAAGUACCUCGUGCUGCAUGUGAAACGUUUCUCCAAGAACAACUUCUACGUCGAAAAGAAUCCGACGAUUGUCACUUUCCCCGUCAAACACUUGGAUCUCCGAGAGUAUGUGCACGAGGAUGCACCAGCCGACCUGAAUCCCGUAGCCAAGUACGACCUCGUUGCGAACAUCUGCCACCAAGGAAAACCCCACGACGGACAGUACAAAGUCCACGUCCUGCAUGCGCCGACGAACGAAUGGUUUGAGAUCGAAGAUCUUCGAGUAACGCAAGUUCUGCCGCAGUUCGUAGCCCUCUCUGAGUCGUACGUGCAAGUGUACCAGCGCCAGGACGUCGCUCCAGACGGUUCGAUUGACCGGUGCGUGGUGGAGGCUGCGCUCCAGGAACUGCAGAAGAGAGAAGCGAAGAGCGCCGCGGUGGACGACGACGACGACAUUUUUGCGGCAGAUUCAGAAAACGAAGACGAAGAAGAAGGCCCAGACGCAGAGGGUCCUAAGCAGGAAGUCGAGACGAAGCUGGAGCUGGGCGAUUGAAAGUCGGGGAUUCGCCUGUGUGUGAGGCUGUUGCUGGAAACGCUUCUCAGGAAUCGUCUUCGUUCCUGCGUGAGCGAGAUUCGAGCUCCAGUGUUUUGUUGGCGGAAGGGUACUGCAUGCGCAGUGUCUUACACCGUUCUCGUUCUUGGGAGGUAAUCGCGGACGAAGCCUCGGCGUUCGCGCGCGACCGAGACGGGGUGUCGGGUACGGAGCAAGAAACGGACUUGUCGCAGAAUGGCAAAGAGAGGAAAACGCACGGCUUGCAGGCUUGACACAGUAGACGUCUCGGUUGCUUCACGCGAAGCCUCUGUGGGUCGGCAUGUGUGCCGAUUUUCUCACUCCGCACACAACUGCUGACGAUUCGACACAGCGCAUACACCCUAAAUAACGGCAGAAGACGAUCAGCUCUCUUAUUCUUCAUUCGGACAGUUUUUGCUCUCUUUCGCUGCUUCUUCCACGACACCCAGAUUGUUUUUAAUGACACGACGACUUCCAGGCGAACAGGGAAACCAGUCGGAUGCACAAGUCCAGCGUUUUGAGCUGUUGUUUGAGCAGUGUAGUCGGGUGGCGAGUUCCACGAAGAAAGCAGUUCGCACCGUGACGUUCCCUCUGUGCACGUACGGUCAAGGGUAAACGGCUCUGCAGGUCGGACGCGACCGCGCGAGAGGCGUGAGAGCUACCUUCUGGGAUGUGUGACCUCAGUAGCUACUCAGAAGGAAAAAGUGAUAGCGACUUCGUUUUGAGCAUUUCUCGACUCGAAAGCACCCCGAGAGGGACCACUGUCAAAGGACCUGGGGGAAGGCUGUCGAUAUGCGUAGGGCAUUCACGCUUUGGGAUCCUGAAGCGAUAAAUCCGAAUCCAUGCAUUGAUAAUAGGAUUAACACAGUUCGAGUCAGGAAAACAACACAUCAUUUGCUUAAAUAAAGCGAAGAACCUGUAUUCACAUGGAAUAACCUCUGCGUACCUCUGCGUAGCACCCCAUGUUUACACAUCCACACACAAACAUAUAUAUAUAUAUAUAUAUAUAUAUAUAUAUUGGUCAGUGGUCUUUUUUCAUCGGAUGCAUUCGGCCGGUGAGUCAGUCGUACAGGGAGGUUUUGGGGGGGGGCGCAGAGAGAACGAAAUCUGCAUUCAAGGGCGAGCCUUUGGAAAAAGCAACUCUGCCGCAGAAGAAGCCACGCUGCACAAGCACGUCCACUAU